AUGCCUUUUCUUUAAAAAACUUAUAAAUAGUUCCUUGAUUCAAAACAAUAACGAUAGCUAAUAUCCUUUAUUGAAUAGAAUGUUUAGAACUAUUUGGUUAGAAUGAAACCAAAUAAUUUUAACUGGAAUAGAAUAUUAGUAGAAAUUUUAGGACAGUUGAUUCCAAAUCGUUAGAUGAAUUUAUUAUAAUGUAUGAAUUUUCAAUAGGAGAAACUAUAUCUGAAGAAAUUAUUAAGGAAGUCUAAAUUACGAUUGUAUUCUAAAAACAACAGUUUGCUUCUAAUAAAUUAUAUGUGUUUGAUGAAAUUAGAAAAAUAUUAAAAAAAAUUUUUAUUCCUACAAUCCUAUUAUACCCCAUUUUUGAUUAAAAUUCAACUUUUACAUAAUAUUCAGAAAGUUCAAAAUAGCGGUAGUUUCUAAAAUUUAAUAUAAUUAAGAAAAAUAAUAAUUUCAGAGACUCUACUUCGCAACAAAGAAAUAAUUUGUAAAAGAAACAAGAACAACAUAUGUAAUUAAGGAUAGGAUACAUUUAUAUAGAAUAAAAAAUAUAAUAACUUUUCAACUUAAAUAACCUAUUUCAUGUAUAUAAAUUUAAAUUUAUGGAUAAAUUUCAUUGUUGCAAAAGGAUCGACUAAAUUCAUAAAUAUUCAAAUUGUAAUAAGUUGUUCAUGA